AUGAAUCCUUUUCAUUCUUUUAUUUAUGCCCUUCUCUUCUCAUACUUUGCUACUGUCUCACGCAGUGAGGUCUUCAUCGUUCGAGUUCAAAACGAUCUGAAGCCAUCACAACACUCCAGACUCCAUGACUGGUACGCUUCCACUCUCACCACCCUGUCUGCAACAAAUGACUCUCUCCAUCACGUCUACAAUGAAGUCUUUCAGGGCUUCUCUGCCAACCUCACUACACAACAAGCCGACCAGCUUCGCCAGAGUCCAGAAAUAGUAAGCGUCUUCAAUGACAGAUUCCUCAAACUUUUUACCACCAGAUCUCCUGCAUUCCUCGGCCUCGAAACCAACGACGCCGGCCUUGUGAAACUGUCUGAUUCCGGUGCCAACGUUAUCAUCGGUGUCAUCGACAGCGGCAUAUGGCCCGAGCACCGCAGCUUCGACGACAAUGGCCUUGGACCAAUCCCUUCACGUUGGAAAGGCCGCUGCAUGCCAGGUGAUUCCGAGAACGCCGCUACCUUUUGCAACAAAAAGCUCAUCGGAGCGAGACACUUCACCCGAGGCAGCAGAGCCGACAACAUUGUUAACACCGCUAGAGACGACAUUGGCCAUGGAACACACACUGCGUCAACUAUGGCCGGACGACGCGUCGGAAACGCAUCCUUCCUCGGCUACGCCAAAGGUGUUGCGUCGGGAAUCGCACCGAAAGCACGGCUUGCAGUCUAUAAAGUGUGUGGGAAGGGAGGAGGCUGCGCCCUAUCGGACGUACUCGCCGGCAUUGAACAGGCCGUACAGGACGGCGUCGACAUCAUCUCUAUGUCCCUCGGCGGUGACUUCUCCUUGCCCUACCAUGAGGACCCCAUUGCCAUCGCCACAUUCGCCGCAACCGAGAAAGGCAUAGUUUGUUCGGCAGCCGGAGGGAAUAGUGGUCCAGAUGACGGCAGCGUGACUAACGUCGCACCUUGGAUCACCACCGUCGGUGCAAGCACUAUUGACCGGGAUUUCCCCGCUGAUCUAGUUCUUGGUAAUGGCCGCGUCAUCACUGGUGCUUCUCUCUUUCUCGGCACUUGGCCGGAGAAGACUUCUGCACCAUUGGUUUACAUUGCUUCAUAUUGCAUGGCGUUUGCUGGUGGCACGAAACCGAUCCCUGACUACGUCCGAGGAAGCAUCGUGGUUUGCCAUUAUAUGAACACAGUUUCCUCUGCAAAUUUCGAAAAUAUCAAGAAAGCUGGUGUGGUGGGAAUGGUGGGGAUUGAUCGAAACGAUCUAAUGGUAUCUAAUCCAUAUGUGAUUCCUGCAUUGUCUAUCACACCGUUAGCCGGCAAAGAACUUAUCCGGUAUGUGAACGUCACCAAGAAUCCUCAUGCGGCAAUGCGCUUCCGUGGCACCGUUACGGGGGUGAAGCCGUCACCGGUAGUCGCCGAGUUUUCGUCGCGAGGACCCAAUUUGUCUCCGUAUGUUGUGAAGCCGGAUGUGAUAGCACCAGGUGUGAACAUCUUAGCAGCAUAUCCAAAAUUGGAUGAUUUGUCUGAGUUUCGUAUAUUAUCAGGGACGUCCAUGGCUUGUCCUCACGUGUCUGGAAUAGCUGCAUUGUUGAAAGGUGCUCGCCAUAGCUGGUCUCCGGCAAUGAUCAAAUCGGCGAUAAUGACUACGGCUUACACGAAGUACCCGGACGGAGGGCCGCUGGUAGAUGCGUUGCAUCGGCACGCGGUGGCGUGGGGGUUUGGCGCCGGACAUGUGGAUCCUGAGAAGGCUCUUGAUCCUGGUUUGGUGUAUGAUCUUAGGGUGGAUGAUUAUAUCAACUUCUUGUGUGCGUCGAACUAUAGUGACGUACAAGUUAGGGCAAUCACACAAAAGAGUGCUACAUGCAAGAGCAGAAAAGGUUUCACUCAACCGUGGGAUUUCAACUACCCGGCUAUCUCGCCGGUUUUUGAUGUGACGCGGUGGCCGAAAUCGGAGAAUGUAGUUGUCCGGAAAAGUGUUACAAAUGUUGGUGAAGGUUCCUCUACUUACGUCGUACGUAGUGUCACCAAUCCAUUUGGGGUCAAGGUUUCUGUUACUCCUUCUAAGUUGAAGUUUUCAAAGAAAGGCGAAGUUCAGAGUUAUGUUGUCAAGUUCACAGCUGAUAAGGAUGUGGGAGUGCCGCGGCAUGGGGAUGUAGCGUUUGGCCAGCUGAUAUGGGCAGAUGGAAAACACAUGGUUUCUUCACCGAUUACGGUGACAUAUAUGGGAUAA